AUCUGCGCCAAGCUCAAGCCCCCACUGCAUGAUAGCUAAGUAGCUCUGGAUCUUCAGCGUGGGUUUCGAACAACGCGGCCUUCAAGUCAUCAUCACCAAGCAGCAAUAACGCCACAGUCCAGCAAUAUUUCGAACUCCUCAUUGCUGUUCCCACUACUGCUGCGUUUUGCAGGGCCCAGGCCAGACGACCGGGCAGGCAAGUAUAGGGCGGCCCGACGAACAGCGACAAGGAAAAGGGGAGGAAGAUGUCAAGGUAGCAGCAGCUGGAGAGCACGCCAGGACGAACCCUCUCGCCUCAACGAUGUCUUUCGCAAGCACGCCGGUGACGCGCACCUUGGUGCUGGGGUUGGUCGCAUCCUCUGUUGCGGCCAGUCUGUUUGACGUCAAACACUACUUUUACAUAUCCGUCGGCACCCACAUCCUGCGAUACCACCAAGUGUGGCGCUUCCUGAUAUACCAGCUGUGCUACACCAACUCGUCUGAGGUACUCUUUGCCGCCAUGUCUCUAUAUAACAUGAGGGCUAUCGAACAGCUGUGGGGCUCGAGGAAAUACGCCUCAUUCAUCGCAGUGACAGCCCUAUUCACGGCGAUCAUCCCGCCGUUCCUUCUGACAGCAGUUCUCCGACCGUUGUCCCUGGGGAGGUUCGAAUACCUACCGGCCGGCCCGACGCCCAUCAUCUUCGCCAUACUGGCCCAGUACCACGCCAUGAUCCCCCACGUCUACAAGUACAGGAUCGCGCUGUCCACGGCGGCGCCCGGCAACGACGACUCGAUGGGGCUGACCUUUUCGGACAAGUCUACGCGCUAUCUCAUUGCGCUGCAGUUGGCACUCUUCCAGCUGCCCGGAUCUCUCCUGGGCGCAGCGGUUGGCUGGGUCGUGGGAUAUUCGUGGCGUAACGAGCUCAUACCAGCGAGGUUGACACGGUGGCGAGUCCCCGGGUGGGUGGUGGGGCUCCGGAGCCAGAAGAGGAACAGGGGCUUUGAAGAGAUGCGGCGCAGGCUCGAGGGAGAAGGGUCGGGCUCGGGCUCGUCUACGGGCGCAGCCUCCGGACUCCAGCAGCCUGCCGAUAGUGACAAUAGGAGAAGGACCAUGGGGCAGCAGCUCAUGGACGAGGUCCGGGGGGCGUUCUAGAUGUGAGCCUCCAUUGGAUGGCAGGAGGCAAACUGGUUUGCAUUUUUAUGGUACAAAUUACCUUGUUUGCGUUUUAUUCGGCAGCACGUGUUUCCUGUAUAGCGGCCGCCUUUGAAGCGCUCUGGACUCGAGUAUCCACACACGCUUUGUUCCUACACGUGUACUCAUCCUAUUCGGUUUUAUUGAAUUUCAGCCCAAAGUCCGAAAGGGAGUGAGAAGAAGGAGAAGGAACAUGGAGAGGAAAGCAGAGCCACCUUUAGUAGAUAGAUACGAACAAGGACCAAGCCCGUAUUGAAUGGCGAGCAUGAAUACGUACAUACAGUACGGAAUAUUCGGACAUGUGUCGCGUGCACAGCCCGGCUAGGAAAUCGUAAAUUCAAUCCGAGGUCGUUCAAUC